AUGGCUUUUAUUGUUCUUUUCUUCCAGGUCGCACAUUGCCUUUCCACCACCAAUCUUCCUAGAGACUCAUCCGCGACAAAUGCCGGCGACAAGCUGCAGUCAAUGUGUGACGCUGCAGGUGAAAAUACUUAUGUUGCCGCCCAAUUUGGAGAUGACUAUUAUACAACCUUCGAUUAUAACGAAUGCUAUCCAUACACGAUUGGGGGAAAGGUGGUUCAGCAGGCAUUGAUAUGCAAAACGGUUACCUGUUACAAUGACGCGAACGACGAUUGUACGGGAGGCGCCAUCCCUCCUCUUCCUAUCACCGUUCCAGCGGGGUUAAGAUUGGUCAAUUUGGCCGACGUCGCCCAUUUAUUUGGACAGAGUGGAAUUUGCCACGCCAAAAUUCUGUCUUGA